UCAGAUGAGGAUAGCAAUCAAGGAGGCCCGAGGUGGAGGAUCCAAUCAAACAGAAGCUUCUGAUAAAACUGUGGUUAGCAGCAGACCUGGAAGUACUGGUGAGAUCAAGCCUCCUGUGCCUGCAUCAAAGGCAGCAGCAGUAGCCAAAAUAAGAGCAGCCAUUGCUCAGUCAAAAAGUGCUUCUUCAGAUGACAACUGUGAUAAAGCUGUAGACAAAGCCGGACUCAAUGAUGAAAAAAAGAAAAGUGAAAAAGAGACAUCUAGUGAUGAAAGUAUAAAACCAAAUCCGGCACGGGAAGCAGCUGUUGGCAAACUGAAAGCGGCGAUCCUAGCGGCAGCACUUAGUAAGCUGGACACUGAAGAAUCACAGCGAACUUCGGCCAAAAGAACAGAAAGUUUAAAUGCCCGAAAUAAAAGCCAAAAAUCUCAAAAUGGAACUGAAAACUCGCGAGAGCGACGCAGAAGUGCUGGAGAUGAAUCAAGUGGAAGGAACAAACAGAAGGCGGUUAUCUGGGAUUUCUUUGAAGAAGGAAAGAAGAAAUGCACUUGCAGAACUUGUGGUUACAUUGUGAACACUAAGAUGAAUACAGGUGGCCUGGUCCGCCAUCUUAGCCUGGUUCAUCAGAGAGAGUACAGAGAAUACACAAUUAGGAUGGACAAAAACUGGACUCAUGGAAUGAUGGAAAAAAAUUUGAACAUGAAACUUCCGAAAAACUUUUAAAUUUAAGAUACUAAGGUUUAAAUGUGUUACAAAGGUUUAAAAAUAUAUUUCCUAAAAUCUGUGUAUCUAUAAAAUCUAAUCUAUAAGAACUGUAAAUCUUCCAAGUAAAUAGCUCACACAUUAAUCUAUGUGGUAGGCGAUUAUAUCAAUACAAAGAAAUCGUCUUUCGAUUUUAAUUUUCAUAUAUAUUCAAGCUCUUCCAAACAUA